CCUCCUCCGCAGCCAUCACCGCCUCUCCUCCUGCUCGCUCCGCCACCGCGGCUCUGCUCCGCGGGAUGGGUGUCGACCACUAACGUUAAAACAUGUCGGACAUGCUGGACGCGGUGUCCGCGGCUCGGUGGCAGCACUUAGCCCGGCGAGCCGCGCUGCUGGCGGCCGCCGCCUACGGGGCCAGGGCGCUGUACCCGCUGCUCCGGCGGCGGCUCCGCCGGGACAACAAGACCCCCGACCCCGGGGGGGAGAAGGGAGAAGCCGGCCCCGCCUCCGGCCCGGGGGUGAACGCCGAGUUCCUCCGGCAGAUUCUGGAGCUGGCCCGGAUCCUGUUCCCCCGACUGCUGUCCCGGGAGCUGCUGCUGCUCAGCCUGCACUCGCUGGCCCUGGUGUCCCGCACCUUCCUGUCCAUCUACGUGGCCAGCCUGGACGGCAAGAUCGCCAAGACCAUCGUGGAGAAGAAGCCGCGGCGCUUCAUCGUGCAGCUGGUCCGCUGGCUGCUCAUCGCCAUCCCCGCCACCUUCGUCAACAGCGCCAUCCGCUACCUGGAGUGCAAGCUGGCGCUGGCCUUCCGCUCCCGGCUGGUGGCCCACGCCUACCGGACCUACUUCACCCAGCAGACCUACUACCGGGUCAGCCACAUGGACGGCCGGCUGGCCAACCCGGACCAGUCCCUGACGGAGGACGUGAUGAUGUUCUCGCAGACCGUGGCUCACCUGUACUCCAACCUGACCAAGCCCAUCCUGGACGUGGUGCUCACCUCCUACACGCUGAUCCGGACGGCGCGGGCCCGCGGGGCCAGCGCCACCGGGCCCACGCUGCUGGCCGGCCUGGUGGUGCUGGCCACGGCCAAGGUGCUGCGGGCCUGCUCGCCCCGCUUCGGACAGCUGGUGGCCGAGGAGGCCCACAGGAAGGGGUACCUGCGGUACGUGCACUCCAGGAUCAUCGCCAACGCCGAGGAGAUCGCCUUCUACAGGGGACACAAGGUGGAGAUGUGUCAGCUGCAGAAGUGCUACCGGGCCCUGGCAGAUCAGAUGAACCUGAUCCUGUCCAAGCGCCUCUGGUACAUCAUGAUCGAGCAGUUUCUCAUGAAGUACGUGUGGAGCGGCAGCGGGCUCAUCAUGGUGGCCAUGCCCAUCAUCACAGCCACCGGCUUCGCUGAUAACGAAACAGCAGAAGGACAGGCUCACUUGAUGGUGAGCGAGAGGACGGAGGCGUUCACCACCGCCCGUAACCUCCUGGCGUCAGGAGCCGAUGCCAUCGAGAGAAUCAUGUCCUCCUACAAAGAGGUCACCGAGUUGGCAGGCUACACGGCGAGGGUCCACAGCAUGUUCAUGGUGUUCGAGGACGUCCAGAAGGGCAUCUACAAGCGCUCCACCGUGUCCACCACCACGGCAACAAAAAAGAAGACCAAGCCUGAGAUGCACAUAGAUGGGCCGCUGGAAAUAAAGGGUGAAGUGAUUGACAUUGACAAAGGCAUCGUGUGUGAACAUGUCCCGAUCAUCACACCGAACGGAGACGUUGUAGUGUCGGGCCUGAACCUAAAGGUGGAGGAGGGCAUGCACCUGUUGAUCACAGGACCCAACGGCUGUGGAAAAAGCUCCCUGUUCAGGAUCCUGAGCGGCUUGUGGCCCGUCUACGGCGGCCGACUCCACAAGCCUUCUCCACAACACAUGUUCUACAUCCCACAGAGGCCGUACAUGUCCAUGGGAACACUGCGGGACCAGGUCAUCUACCCAGACUCGGUGGAGGACAUGGCCGCCAGGGGGCUGAGGGACACGGAGCUGGAGGCCAUCCUGGACAUCGUCCACCUUAACCACAUCGUCACCAGAGAGGGAGGCUGGGAUGCUGAGCUGGACUGGAAGGACGUGCUGUCUGGAGGUGAAAAGCAGAGGAUGGGCAUGGCUCGCAUGUUCUACCACAAGCCCACGUACGCCCUGCUGGACGAGUGCACCAGCGCCGUGAGCAUCGACGUGGAGGGGAAGAUUUUCCAGGCUGCCAAGGAUGCCGGCAUCUCCCUGCUCUCCAUCACACACCGGCCCUCCCUGUGGAAGUACCACACCCACCUGCUGCAGUUCGACGGCGAGGGCGGCUGGCGCUUCGAGCAGCUGGACUCGGCCACGCGCCUCUCCCUCACCGAGGAGAAGCAGCGGCUGGAGGCGCAGCUGGCCGGCAUCCCUGAGAUGCAGCAUCGCCUCAACGAGCUCUGCAAGAUCCUGGGGGACGACUCGGUCCUCAAAACAGCCGAGGAGUGAAGGAGG